AUGGUUCAGAAGAAUCCACGGGUUUAUAAUACCAGUUGGAAUUAUCCUAGGAUCAAGUACAUGAUUGAGCUUCUACAAAUAUAUAAUCCCAGUUGCUUCCGUGAUCUGUUAUUGAAAAUUCUGGAGGCAUGGAAAAGAGAGAGCAAAAGAUUGUAGUGGCUAUAGAUGAGAGCAAAGAGAGCAUGUAUGCUCUGUCAUGGUGUAUCACAAAUCUCAUUUCCGACACCACCAACAAGCUUCUGCUUCUUUAUGUUCGUCCACCCUCUGCUUUCUACUCAUUGGAUGCUGCAGGGUAUAUAUUUUCCACUGACGUUGUUGAUGCUAUGGAGAAGUAUAAUAUGCACUUGGCUAAUUCUGUCAUGGAGAGAGCCGAAGCUAUUUUCAGAAACUUGAACGCUACUGAUGUAGGCCACCUUAUCUUAGUCCCUUUCUUCUAUUUUUCAUUCUUUGAAAUUGAAUGUGCGGGACUGACUAGGAAUUUGCAGAUCAAUAUUGAGAGGGUUGUUGGUAUAGGAGAUGCCAAGGAUGUAAUAUGCAGCGCAGUGAAGAAAUUAGAAGCUGAUACCUUGGUCAUGGGAAGUCAUGGCUAUGGAUUCUUUAAGAGGUAACUUUAACAGAGUUUUGAUUUUUAUUUCUGAAGUUGAGUCUGGAUAUGUUAAUUGGAAAGGUUAAAAAUUUAAAAUUUUGUUAGAUAUAAGAUUUUAGUUUUAAGAAAACAUAAAUCAAAUUUUCGAUUUUUUUUGUAAAUACGUACAAAUUUGGAAGAUUAAAUUUUUAGGAUCAAUAUUAAUGUAAUUAAAAAAAGCUUACAAGUCAUGUUACAGUAUAAAAUGAAGUAUGUAAUAAUAGAACUAUGAUUUGGAGGCAGCUGUUAUAUAUGAAAAGAAGUAUGUAAUAAUUGAACUAUAGCUAAAUUGCUUUCUUCGUUCCAACACGCAGGGCACUCCUUGGAAGUGUGAGUGAUCAUUGUGCCAAGCAUGCAGAAUGUCCUGUUGUAAUCGUGAAGCACCCAUAAGAGAAUUAAGUACCAUUUUAUCAUAUCUCUUUCUCACUGAUGUUCUGCUGAUUUGCUUUUCGUAUGAUCUUCUUUCUUAGUGGUUGAUUCUCAAGAAGCAUGUUCGAGGGCAUAGUUUCACCAGUUACAUGCACCCUGUUGUUGCCUUGCCUACUAUUUGUGUAUCUUGCAUUUUGUAUAUAUAAAG